AUGAGCGCCAUGGCGAUAUUGGUGGAACGAGUGAAUUCGAUGCACGUAGAACUUAGUGCCAUCAAAGCUCCAGGACAAUGGUCGGUCACGCCAAGUUUCUUAGGGCAAGAGAAACGGAUAAGUAAGAUGUCAAAGCACUUUAGUGUGAACCCUUUGCACUUUUUAGGUCAUGAUACUCCAACAGGCCCAUCUUUGCAGUUGUCAGGUGAGACACCUAGUCCGGAACAGAUACCCAGGAGUUGGUAUGAAAAGGUGGUGCCUAGUCAACAUGCGUUUAUUCCCCUAUACAGGAACUUCAUUUUCGAUGGCCCAACAACACCACCGAUCUCUGAUCAAUAUCAACCAUAUUCAACUGCAAUUGUGACUCAAGGGAUAACUCCAAACACAGCCACAUCUGAGCAAACUAAGACCGCACCGAGCAAACAACGUAUGUAUGCAGAAGAAACAGUUUGGAUUCAAGACCGAUCACCCGAUGGAAUUUUAUGUCCGAUGGUUCCAUGCAAAAUAUACAAAGGCGAAAUUCUUCAUGGGGCCCUCCAGACAACAUCGACUACAGCUCCAGCAGUUGAAUCAACCGUGUUAGAACUCCCUAAUCACUAUCUACAGUUGGUAGCAGUGAUUAAUCCGCUAGCAGGUGCGACAAGGAACAGAAAUCAGGCGGCAAGAGUUCCUUUGAUGCAUCAAGGGCCACCUCCCAAUGGGAUACACAAUCAACCUCAGGAACCGAUAGUUAAUCAUGCGGCUACAUAUGUUAGUAAUAAUCCAGCAGAGGAAGCUGAAAGCCUUAAAGGUCGUGGAAGGCAAUGGUUCAAUCCUCCUAAUCAACCAAUGGUGAACCAGGCUCAAUACUUUGGGUUUGAUGAGGAGGAAGAUUUUGUAGACAUUAAUGCAGCUGAAAUAAUAAAUAUGAAGGGAUACAAAUGUACUACUUUGCGGAAGCCUAGUACCCCACAAGCCUGUGAUAUACCACUAGGACAAGGGACAGCCACUGGGGCAAAACCACGAGCUGACCCUUACAAUCCAGGCCGCGUAUAUUCAUUCGACAUUACACAACAAGAGGCAAUCUUUGAAGAUAUGUUAAAGAUUGGCCAUGUGACUUAUCGAAAAGGACAGAGACAGUCGAAACCUGCCGAUAUAGAAAGAAAGACUUACUGCAAGUAUCACAUGUCAAUGACGCAUGGAACCAACGAAUGUGCGGUUUUCCAGAAUGUCAUACAGAAGAUGAUUGACAGUGGAAAUAUCCAAGAGGAAGAACCGGCAGCAGUGAUGAUAGAACCAUCUCCGGUGAAUCACGUAGUGGAAAUGAUAAAUGUGGACCCUCGAGCAGCUGCUUAUGCUAGACAGAAGAUAAGUAUCGGUUGUCAAGAUUGUGGUCGAGUGGUGGAUUCAUUGAAAGAGGAAGUUUGUCGAUUAGGAAGUGCGAAUGGUGGGCAUUUGCAUCAACGGAAAAUUCUUUCUCAGCAAGUAGAAGAAGAGAUAACCAUUGAAGUAGAUGGAAAUUUGCAAACUUGGGUUCUUCAGAGUAGACAUGUUGAACAUUCAGGGCCGGCAAGUAAAAGCUCUGAUCAACAUGUAGACAGACUAAUGCCAAGACAACCGAUUCAUGAGCGGUUAGGUCCACGCACAUCCCAAGGAUUUGGGAUGGGGAGAUUUGAAUCACGAACGGUGAAAUACAGGUUGUCAUGGCCAUAUCGUAGUCAGGGGCUUAGCUUUGGACGGUCUGCCCAACCAUUUGUGCUGCCUAUGGGUAGUGUAAAGGCUAGAAUGUGGUAUGACUCGAACUUAGCGUCGAAGGUGGCAGCGAAAACGGGUAGGAAGAUAUAUUUAAGGCAAAAAAGGGAGCUCGAGCAAUCGUCUUAUGGUGUGCAUGGUAGGCAGGUUCGAGUAACUAAGCAAUGGCAAAAUAAGAAGCAUGAUAGUAUGGACGUCAACAUGGUGUACGUACUGCCUAAAGAAUAUGCUGCUAGACAAGCUAUGGCAAAGAUGCUUGAAGUAAAGGUUGAUGACCCAGAGAAAACAGUGGUGCCGAAAGUUAACCUGCAGUUGAAAGAGGCUUUGGUGAUUUGGGGGGCAAAUGGACCAGAAGUUUUAAAGGCUGAUGCUAAACUGUUUAUGGUGCAGAGCAAUCCUGCUGAAGCUUUUUAUUAUGAAAAGGAUGUCGGUCCAUGUAGGUUGCUUGGAAUUGACAAAUACAGUAAACCUAUGACCGCAACGCCUAUGAAGAACAUAGGAAUUAAUGAAUGGAAGAUGUUAUGGCAAGAGAUCCGUAGGCUAUACCAAUAUUUGGCACCUAAGCCGCAGGAUGUUGGACCGGUUACUGAAGAAGUUUUCGAUGAUGAUAAAUGA